UUCCUCCUCGGAAGGGCUGGGGCUCCACUCGGCAGGGAGACCGAAACGCUGCACUGAGCGCUCGCCACCGCCCAGCGUCUCCUGCGCGUCUCUUAUCUCAUCGCAGAGCAAGCCGGAGCGAAAGUGGCCCCGAGCCCCGCAGUGGAAGGGGUGCUCGUUUCUGGCUUCUCUGGCGUGCUCCCCGCUCCCCUCCCUCCCCACCUGGGUGCGAGCCGGUGAGAGCGAUGGAGCGGAGAGCCUGGAGUCUGCAGUGCACUGCUUUCGCUCUCUUUUGCGCUUGGUGUGCAAUGAACAGUGUCAAAGCGAAGAGGCAGUUUGUGAAUGAAUGGGCUGCGGAGAUCCCCGGGGGACCUGAGGCAGCCUCGGCGAUAGCCCAGGAGCUAGGCUAUGACCUUUUGGGCCAGAUUGGAUCACUUGAAAAUCACUACUUAUUCAAACACAGAAACCAUCCUCGGAGGUCUCGAAGGAGUGCCUUUCACAUCACUAAGAGAUUAUCCGAUGAUGAUCGUGUGAUAUGGGCGGAACAACAGUAUGAAAAAGAAAGGAGUAAACGCUCCGUUCCAAGAGACUCAGCUCUGGAUCUCUUCAACGAUCCGAUGUGGAAUCAGCAGUGGUACUUGCAAGAUACAAGGAUGACUGCAACCCUGCCCAAGUUGGAUCUCCAUGUGAUACCUGUUUGGCAAAAAGGCAUCACAGGCAAAGGUGUUGUUAUCACUGUACUGGAUGAUGGCUUGGAGUGGAAUCACACAGACAUCUAUGCCAACUAUGAUCCAGAGGCCAGCUAUGAUUUUAAUGAUAAUGACCAUGAUCCAUUUCCCCGAUAUGAUCCCACAAAUGAGAACAAACAUGGGACCAGAUGUGCAGGAGAAAUUGCAAUGCAAGCAAAUAAUCACAAGUGUGGGGUCGGAGUUGCAUACAAUUCCAAAGUUGGAGGCAUAAGAAUGCUAGAUGGCAUUGUGACCGAUGCUAUUGAAGCCAGCUCAAUUGGAUUUAAUCCUGGGCAUGUGGACAUUUACAGUGCGAGCUGGGGCCCCAACGAUGACGGGAAAACUGUGGAGGGGCCUGGCCGACUGGCCCAGAAGGCUUUUGAAUAUGGUGUCAAACAGGGGAGACAAGGAAAGGGUUCUAUCUUCGUCUGGGCCUCCGGGAACGGGGGGCGUCAGGGCGACAACUGUGACUGCGACGGCUACACGGACAGCAUUUACACCAUCUCCAUCAGCAGUGCCUCGCAGCAAGGCCUCUCCCCCUGGUACGCAGAGAAGUGCUCCUCCACGCUGGCCACCUCUUACAGCAGCGGCGACUACACCGACCAGCGAAUCACGAGCGCUGACCUGCACAAUGACUGCACGGAGACCCACACGGGCACCUCGGCCUCUGCACCCCUGGCCGCCGGCAUCUUCGCUCUGGCCCUGGAAGCAAAUCCAAAUCUCACCUGGCGAGAUAUGCAGCACUUGGUUGUAUGGACCUCUGAGUAUGACCCAUUGGCCAAUAACCCUGGGUGGAAAAAGAACGGAGCAGGCUUGAUGGUGAACAGUAGAUUUGGAUUCGGGCUGCUAAAUGCUAAAGCUCUGGUGGAUCUGGCUGAUCCCAGGACCUGGAGCAGUGUGCCUGAGAAGAAGGAAUGUGUUGUCAAGGACAAUGACUUUGAGCCCAGAGCCCUGAAAGCUAAUGGAGAAGUCAUCAUAGAAAUUCCAACAAGAGCUUGUGAAGGUCAAGAAAAUGCUAUCAAGUCACUGGAACAUGUGCAGUUUGAAGCAACAAUUGAAUAUUCCCGCAGAGGAGACCUUCAUGUCACCCUCACUUCAGCCGCUGGAACCAGCACUGUACUGUUGGCUGAAAGAGAGCGGGACACAUCUCCCAAUGGCUUUAAGAACUGGGACUUCAUGUCUGUUCACACAUGGGGAGAGAAUCCCAUAGGCACCUGGACUUUGCAAAUUACAGACAUGUCUGGAAGAAUGCAAAAUGAAGGAAGAAUCGUGAACUGGAAGCUGAUCCUGCACGGGACCUCUUCCCAGCCAGAGCAUAUGAAACAGCCCCGGGUGUACACAUCCUACAACACUGUUCAGAACGACCGAAGAGGGGUGGAGAAGAUGGUGGAUUCCAGGGAGGAGCAGCCUACACAAGAGGACCUGAAUGGGUACGCUCAGGCAUCCCAAAGCCCCAGCAGCACCGGUGCAGUCGGGGGCAGAAGGGAUGAGUUGGCAGAGGGCGCCCCUUCUGAGGCCAUGCUGAGACUCCUGCAAAGCGCUUUCAGCAAAAACUCACCCUCAAAGCAAUCACCAAAGAAGUCCCCAAGUGCGAAGCUCAACAUCCCCUACGAAAAUUUCUACGAAGCCCUGGAAAGGCUGAACAAACCCUCCCAGCUUAAAGACUCUGAGGACAGUCUGUAUAACGACUAUGUCGAUGGCUUCUACAACAUGAAACCUUACAAGCACAGGGACGACCGGCUGCUCCAAGCUCUGGUGGACCUUCUGAGGGAGGAAAAUUAAAAUGUGUGCCGGUCUGAAGCUGGAGAUAGUCACGCUUCUUCCUUCCCUCUUAGAUUUUGCCUGUGUCUGAAGUGGGUGUUUUGUCAUUGAUUCUUCUGCUUCUAACAUCCUUUGCGGUACUUUUUCUUUUUCUCCCUAAACUGGAUAUUUGAAAGCUAGGAGCUCAAGCAGUAAAUCCAACUUCCUGAAUUGAUUACACUAAGCACGUCUUCCCUGCUUGCACAAGUCAAAUGUUUUGUUCUUUCUGGGGCCACAGUUCACACCUGGCCCUCGUACCACACGAGAACGCCUUCUCGGGCCUCCCAUUUCAUGUCUCAAAAUAGAAGGUACACAGGGCAAUAGAUUACUUUGACAAAGCAACCUGCCAAAAAAUGAAAGGAAGGAAGACAGGUUCUAAUAGCUUGUCCCCUGUCUUUGUCAUAUGGUUCUUCAAAUUUUGAUGCCAAAGAAGGGCUUGGAAAGUUUCUCAUGAAGGAGCUCUUAAUUAGAUUCAUAUACCGGGCUUUUCUGCUCCAAAGUGCUGCUCAUUCAGGAAGAGGCCGUUAGGUCAUUUUGGGGAAAGGCUGGGUUACUUAGAUCCAGAAAAAGGCCUCAAACCCUGCACUGGCUGGUGUGAGCAGUUUCAGAAUAUUCUUUGCUUGAUGUACCAUGGAGAGGCCUCCAUGGAUCUGAAGGUGAUCACGACUCAGGCUGUGAGCACCCGCCUUCCUCUCCUCCCCCUCACCUUCUCCUUUCUCAGCCACAAACUAAAUACAAAUUUGUAUUAGGGACUUGGCCAAUUCCUAGUCAUAAUUUUCUUUUUUUAAAUAGUCAUAACAGGAAACCACCGCUCAUAACAUGGAAAAGCAAUGUAAUAACAGGAAAAUGUUCAUCAUAGGGAGAGCCAAUGGAAGGUUUUGUUGUGUUUUAAAUUACAUUCAUUAGAGCAGAUUUUUCUGGAUCUUUGAGUUUUCAUUCCUUGAUACCGAAGGCGCUUCUCCAGUCUUACGGAUGAUAGUCUCCAAAUUCUCAAAUUGUUUCCAAGCUUCAACUCAGAGGACACAAGCUGGCCGCCCACAGGCAGCGUCUGACCCUCAGCUAUAUUUUGUUUGGCACGUUAAAUGUUUUAAAAAUGGGAGCGAUUAUUGAAACUAUGAGAUUUCACAUAAAGUCUGACUGUCAGAUGCAUCUUCCCUCAUAGCAGGGGCUGACCGGAGCUGAGUAGCAGCUGCCUAGAAGUUACAGACUUGGAUACACGUCCCCAUGGUACCCUGUUCACCCUUGCUGCUUAUCACAGCCACCUGACUGGUCUGCAUUCAACAGGCAUUUGAUUUUGCCUAUUCCUGCACUAAACGAACAUGCACAGUGUAAAGGCAUUAGGAAAAAAAAAUCCCCAACUUCUUUCAGGUAGGAACUAUAUGAUAAUCAAUAAUUACAAGAAUUUGUCAUGAUCUAAUUUAUUGGCCAAAAAAAAGAAAAGGUAUUUUAGACUCUUGAAAAUACCUCUGAAAUCUUGUUUGACUUACGUGUUCCAUCUCACCUCACCCAGAUGCUCACUUAUUCUUACUCAUGAAUUGCCAAGCCCCUAGGUCCCCGCUCUCACAAAGGCUCCAGUCACUGACAACACUGGCAUUCUCCCCCUCAGUCCGCUGUUUGCGAUUCUUCCAUGAGGUUUGAACUUCAUUAGGCCACUGGACCCAGAAGAGAACUCCACUGAACUAGAUCAGGAGAACCCAAGUCUGUCACUUGCUUUAAAGUGAAUUUGGUAAGACAGACGUUCACCCCUGAUUGUGCAGAAUGAGGGUAUUUCUAGAGCAAAACGCAGGAUGUAUUAAGGAUAUCCCCCUGAAAGAAUUGCAGUAUCUCUCUAUCAUGGAAGUAUCACAUGUUGCAUGAUUCACAGUGUUAAACAGAAUUUUGGAAAAUUGCAGCACAUCAAAAAGUAUUACAUAAAGCUGAAAAGUACCAGAGUUAUUAUGAAAAAAAUAAGUUUUCAAUGAGUUAAAAAUAAAUCAAUGAAAAAAUAAAGCUAAGUCCCAGAGAGGCCAAUAAAAAAUAACAGAUGAAAACUUCUCCUGACCCCAUUCCCAAACUAAUGCUAAUUUGUAUGAAGCUUUCUUUUUCAUCCUUCUAACAGUAUCUUUUUCUGGUUAAAACCCCCACCAACCAUUGGACCGUAGACCAAGGUUCAAUCAAGAGAAGCUUUAAUAGUUAAACAAAGUCAUGUUUGAAUGUUUCCAACCUGGACCAUAUUGUUCAGACUUGAAAUAUUUUUGUCAGUCUUUCUUAGUGCCUGUGUGGAUUUUUGUGAAAAUGUAAAAAGAGGACACUUAUAUAUUUCCCUCAGAAUUUUAAACUAUAUUUUCUUUACAGGUAUUUGUAAUGCUUUACCAAAUGCUUUUAUCAAACAGAAUUUUAAAAGGCAUAAUAAAUUAUAUUAAAAACCAAAAUUUUCCUGAGAGUAAGAACAUUUCAUCCAAUAAAAUAUUUUUGAAAGGCAUGUUCCUCUGUCAGUGAGAAAAAAAAGUGUAAUAUGUAUAUGUUGUGGUAUUAAAAGUGACAUUUGUCUCAUAACCUAAUAUAAUGUGUAGCUGAGUUUAACAUGUGUGGUCUUAGCAUUUUUAAAGGAACUCCCACAUUAUACGCUUGAUGUAUUAACCAG